AUGUGUGACUAUUUCAUCACACUUGUGCAACUAUGUCACAAAAUCUUAAGAUUCACCCAAAAGUCGACGCUUGGACAGCUCAAAGCAGCCUUCAAUGAGGGAGAACUCAAUUCUUUCCAAUUGAACCUGGAACGUUGGGCUAUGAAUAUCAAGGAAGAGGUGACCCUACUGAUGGCCGAGAAAAUCGAGGAGGAAGCUAUCAAAACAUCCAAAUUCCAGAAUGCGUUAUGGAAAAGAAUCACCAAGUCAGACGAUGAGAUACUGCAAGCGAAAAUUGAUGCACAUCUUCAAGUACUGAACUUUUGCUCACAGUUCGACCACACGGUUAUCUGGAAACAGACUCGAAAAGCGGGGACGACGACCCUUUUCCGCGACAGUCCGGAAUAUGUUGCUUGGAAAGAUCCAGCAUCUUCUUGUAUCUCCUGUUCACUUGUAUACACGGGCAAGUUGGGAUGUGGAAAAUCAGUUGUCUUGGCCAAUAUUGUUGAGGAUCUGCAUCUUCAUACCGAUAUACCGGUGGCUUAUUUCUUUUGCCGACACGAUGUUCCCAAAUCGCUCAAGACUCGCACCAUGAUUAGAUCACUCAUUAGACAAAUACUUGCUGGAAUCCAAGACCUCACAUCCGUGGCAGAAGUUCUGAAUCAAUGCGCGGAACGGGACGAAUUUAAAAAGAUGACAUCUCUACUCGAAUGUGCCUUUCCACCCGGCGUGCUGCAAUGCUUCAUUAUAGUCGAUGGUUUCGACGACCUGGAGAAGUCUGAACGAACCAAAAUGAUCACAGAACUAUCAAAGCUCUAUGACCGCAAUAUCGUCACGAUGGGCUUUGUAUCUCCGACUGUGACGCCAAUCCCUGAAAAUAGUUCCGAAAUCCAAGAUUUCAUUCUAGAAGAGCUCGAAAACUGCCUUGAAUCUCAGAAGUUGGCUGUGGGAGACCCUACACUCAUAUUGGAAAUUCGAGAUGCGCUUUUCCAUGGAUCCCAGGGCAAUACGGAAUGGGACCCAUCUAAAAGCCUCAAUAACAUCUACAUUACCCUUGCAAGCUGUGGUUGUCUCAUCAACAUCGACGAAGAAGAGCUAACAGCACGACUCGUUCAUCCAAGUCUGAAACAAUUUCUUCUCGAAUCUCACGAGCAAACAACAAAAGCGCCAUUGAGUCUAACUUUGGAUUCUGCACAUCGAUACAUGUCCGAUAUUAUUCUCACAUACCUCAAUUACAAUGUCUUCGAUAGACAAUUAUCCCGAACCGUCAUUCCGCGGAUCAAUGCAAGUGCAGCAACAUCUACAAUCCUGCAGUCUAGCAUUUCUUCCACCAGCGUCCGGCAUCUAGCCAUCAAGUUACUCAAAGGGAAAUCCGAAUCUGGCGUUGAUCUUGGCAAAACGCUUGUUCAAGCUCGUUCUCUCUGUCACGACCACGCAGACCAGGACUUUUAUUUCCACUCAUACGCAAAGUCCUACUGGCACUUUCAUUUCGCUCGUAUGACUGAAGAACAUGAACGCACCUAUGAAUUGCUCAAGAAGCUUUUCACAGCUAGAAAAGUUGACGGGAGUGCCUUGGACGACGAUGGCCUCACACCACUCAUGGUGGCAUCCAUACUGGGAAACGUCAACGCCGUGAGAUUCUAUCUCAUAUUCAACGGAGUGGAUGUCAAUUCCAAGUCUGAAUCAGGCCUCACGGCACUUCAUUUGGCUCUACUUCACAAACAGUACCAUACUUUUACAACUAUCUUGCAAUACUCCACUAGGCCCGUCGAUCUCGCCGAUGAUCAAGGCCGAACGCUCCUGAUACUAGCAGCUGAGCAAGGCGACACAGAAAUAUUUGAAACACUUGCACAUCAUCAUAUUUAUCCUGGCUUUGCGCUUUCUAUGCCGGACUUGAAUUGUGUAAAUGAAAAUGGAGAGACGGCUUUACAUAUUGCUUCCCGUCUAGGAUUCUUUUGUAUAAUUGUGAGUCUCCUCACGUUGGAACAGGUGGAUAUUAAUGCCAAGGAUGCGAGCGGAAAUACGCCUUUGCAUAAAGCGAUUCAGGGUGAGCAUGAGGAUAUUGUCGAGCAGUUUCUCGUCUGUGAUCGAGUGAAGAUUAACGCGGUGAACAAGUAUAAACGGAGUGCGUUGUCUAUGGCUAUUUUCUCCUGCAAUGAGGAUAUACAGGCUCGCCUUUUAAUGUGUUCUCGGUUGGAGGGGGAAUCCAAAGAUAGGCUGAAACAGAUAUUGAGGUUGGAAAGUGAAUAG